AUGUCGGGGCAUAGACGUCAAUCCACGGCUGGCUCAUCCUACAAUGGCAGUGAACUAUCGUCCGAACUGAAAGUGGGUGCGCGUGUACAAGUGCAAGGAAAAUCGGGAACUAUCCGUUAUGCUGGCACCACCAGUUUCCAAACGGGCAAAUGGAUCGGCAUCGAGUUGGAUGAUGCCCAAGGCAAAAACAGCGGCGUCGUUCAAGGCAAACGCUACUUUGAUUGUAAAGCAAAUCACGGUGUAUUUGUUCGUCCUAGUCAAGUUCGGCCCAUUCCUUCGGAUCCCGUGCACAGCAGUAGCGAGGUAAACUUUACUGCAACAUAG